AUGGCGCCGUCCAAGAUUCCUGUGGCGAAAAAGUACAAAAAAUCAAAGCAAGAUAAAGGCAACAUGCUGCAGCAACAGCAUUUAUCCAGGCUGCCGCUUCACCAGCAAGAGGACAGCAGGCUCAUGCAGCUUGCUCAAGAACUUCGAAACGAGAUAUAUGAACACUUGUUCUGCGCUACUCGCUUCGCCUCCGGCAUGUUUGCUUUUACCCGGAACGGCAGCUAUCCGAUUGUCUCGGCUACUGAUCGUAACGGCUUGAGCAUCUUGCGCUGCUGUCGCCGUGUGCACAACGAGAUUGGCAGUACGUGGCUCGGCCACGUGCUCUUCCUUUUCACGGACCCAAGGGCAAUGCUCGACAAGCUUUGCAACAUCCCCAGUCCUGUCCUCGGCCAAAUUCGCAAUGUCCGUGUCACUGCCGACAAAUUGAUGCUCCCUGACCAGUUCGGCAAGUGCUAUGGCACUGCACGUAUAUUGAAGCUCCUUCCUGGUCUCAACCUCGAUGUCCUCACGGUAUUGGAUGAAGGAGGCAUGGCCACUAGCUACGAAACGCUCAACAUGCUGAUACGCCAUGGCAUUGGCUGGAAGGAGCUUCGCUUCAUCUCACGCGACUCCCGGUUUCUCGGCUACGGGCACGGUCUACGGCGCCGGUUUAUUGAUAAUCCACAGGACGACCUUUAUCUACAUCAGCCACAGCCCUCAGACUGGCAGCAAGCAUUAGAGCUGCGGGACGGAAUAGAUUCAUCUCCGUCGGUGAUCAUCUACCGCACCAACAACGCCAUCCUGAGCAUUCUGAUGGAAUGGCCGCCUCGGAUGCGUAGAGUCAAGCGCAAGAAGGAAGUCAUGGUCGUCGUCAAGCGCGGCGUAGGCGUCGAUUACGCUGAACUGCAAGCUUCGCCGUAUCUGCCGGGCGGCGACAUCCGCCAACACUUUCCAGGGAAGCCGUGGAAGGAGCUCCAGGCGUGGCAAGAGGAGUUUCACGAAUCCGACGAGGACGACGGCAAUGCCGAGGAGUGGUGGGGUCUGGAGUCUUACACUCACGUGGACGACUACAUCUGGCCUACCCUUCAUGAAUCAUGCGAAGAUCAGGAAAUGUCCGAGGAUGAGGAGGAGGAAGUCGGCAUUUGGAUGGAUACUUACACCGACGAGAGCGACGACGAUCGGUCAGAUUGGUCAGCUCUUCACUUCUGA